GGACUGGCCACGGACGUGCAGACGGUUGCCCAGAGACUGAAGUUCAGACUGAAUCUCUACGAGCUGAAGGAAGGCAGGCAGAUCAAACCUCAGACUUUUAUGAGCAUGGUUUCCAAUCUGCUCUAUGAGAGACGGUUCGGACCUUACUACACAGAACCAGUCAUAGCCGGGCUGGACCCCAUAACACAUGAACCUUUCAUCUGCUCUCUAGACCUGAUCGGUUGCCCGAUGAUAACCGAUGACUUUGUGGUCAGCGGCACCUGCUCCGAGCAGAUGUACGGCAUGUGCGAGUCCCUCUGGGAGCCUGACAUGGAACCCGAUCACCUCUUCGAAACAAUCUCGCAGGCCAUGUUGAAUGCAGUGGACAGAGAUGCCAUAUCUGGAAUGGGCGUGGUAGUACACAUAAUUGAAAAAGACAAGAUCACCACCAGGACCCUGAAAGCUCGCAUGGACUAGCCCAGCACAUCUGCUCCUGUGUCUCACUCCCCAGUCUGCUCGGAACUUUUUUAAAUAAAACUCUAUUGUAGU